AUGGUGCGGCGUGCCUUGGUGCUGGUUUCUGGGAAGAAGGGGGGGGGGGGGGCGCAGGUUGUCACAAUGGGCCUGGGCUGGAAGUAUGGGGGUGGCCUCCGCUCUCCAUGUAUCGGUACCUGCGUGUCUGCUUUUCCCUUGAUGCGCCGUCAGCGAGAGACUCUGGGCCGUUUCUCCGCAUGGUACUGGAUCGCAUCAAACUGCCCCUGGCUGCGUGAUCCUAGGAAAGAAGCUCAAGAGCCAAUGCACGGAAGCCCUGCCUCGUUCGAUUUCGGCCUAGGACGAGGGAGAGAACAGCCCGACGAUGACAUGCUCUGCUCCACUUGGGGACCAAGAUUGCGCUAUCCGUACCAGCCUGUGUGCUCAUGUCCAUCAAGGCCCGUCCAUCAUAGGCACAGUAUGGAUAUUGGCCUGCCCCGUAGCGGAAUGUCUAUCCUCUCCGGCGUAUGGACGGAUUAA